UUAAAAAUACACAUGCAUAUAUAUAUAUAUAUAGAUAUAUAUAUACAUAGAUAUAUAUAUACAUAUAUCUAUAUACAUACAUAACAAAUAUUUAUAUUAUGUGUUGUUGCCUGACAGGCUGUGAACUCUUAAACUAUAAUCAUUUCCGGGGUCAGCUUUUACCGUCGAUACAUAACCGUUUCUCUCAACGACUUGUCACCCGUCACAGCUUUUAUGUCCGCUCCUCUGCUAAUUGCCGCUGUUGUUGGCGGUGGGGUCCUGCUUCUUAUGCGGCGUUUAUUCCCCCGUCAGAAAGCCGUUAAGUUGCUCCGUUAUUCAGGAGAAACUAUGCGAGGCAAGACAGUCAUCGUGACCGGGGCAAACAGCGGGAUAGGGAAGGCCCUGGCCGGGGAGCUUCUGAAGCUCCGCGCCCGGGUCAUUAUGGCUUGCCGGGACCUGCGGAGCGCCGAGGAGGCAGCCCAGGACAUCAAGAAGCAAGCAGGACCAGAAAAUGGGGAGGUGGUCAUCAAACACCUGGACCUGGCUUCUCUUAGAUCAGUCCGAAAUUUCUGUGAGGAGGUGACUCAGGAGGAAUCCCAGGUUGAUGUGCUCAUCAACAACGCCGGUGUCUACCAGUGUCCCUACACAAAGACAGACGAAGGUUUUGAGAUGCAGCUCGGUGUGAAUCACAUGGGUCACUUCCUCCUCACUCACCUGCUGCUGGACCUCCUGAAGGCUUCGGCCCCUAGCCGCAUCGUGGUGGUUUCCUCUAAACUUUACAAAUAUGGCCACAUCAACUUCGAUGACCUGAACAGUGAAAAUAACUACAAUAAGGCCUUCUGCUACAGUCAGAGCAAACUGGCCAACCUUCUGUUCACGCUCGAGCUGGCCCGUCGCCUCGAGGGGACGGGGGUCACAGUCAAUGCUCUCACCCCGGGGAUCGUGAGGACCAGGCUAGGCAGACACAUCCAAAUCCCCCUCCUGGCAAAGCCGCUGUUCUACCUUGCCUCGUUGGUCUUUUUCAAGAGUCCAUUGGAGGGGGCCCAGACUCCUCUCUAUCUGGCCUGCUCCCCGGAGGUGGAAGGAGUGUCGGGGAAGUGCUUUGCUAACUGCAAGGAGGAGGAGCUGUUACCCAAAGCCACAGAUGAGGAGACAGCCAAGAAACUCUGGGACAUAAGCAGGAGGAUGGUUGGACUCGCUGACUGAGCAGAGUCCAGCUCUGUGGAUGGAGUUUGGGGAGUGGACUUAAGUGUUCUUGGACCUGAUAGCUAAUCUCUUGCAGCCCCACAGACACCAUUCUACAAGCGUCCACUUGCAAUAAAUAAAAGAACUAUUUCCAUCCUGAGGAUAAGAACAUUAAUUGAACAGCAUAUUGUAGAGUGAAGUGCGAUAGUGGUGUGUGUGCAAGAGCGCCACAAUGCUUAGAGAUUGUAUAAAGAUUUGAAUUUAAAGGUGUGCCUCUCAAAGUGAUGUUUAAAAAACAAUGAAGCAGUGUUAUGUGAAAUAAUCUGCUUACUUCUCAAUAACCCUCCAGGUUUGCUUCUCCCCUAAUUUUUAAUAAGCUAAAUAGCUUUCCAAUUUCCACACCAUUUAAGAAAUCAGCUUGCAGACAGCCGUAGCAGGGUUAUAUAAGUACAUGUAAACAAACCCUCACUCCCUAGAAAGGCUCAGUAGGGGGAGAAACAUUUCCCUGUCUUUGACAAAAACAUUUCAUAGAACCAGAUGUGAAAAUUAACUCUAAACUUGCUAAUUUAUUAUAUUCUGUAAUGAAUCUAA